CACGAACAUCACGUUUAUCAUCAGGUGCCCUUACUUUUACCUGGCAAAGUUUCAAAAUCUUGUUAAAAUGUUUCUGUAGUGACUACAAGGUAUCAUGUUUAUCACAGUGUUGUAUGGAGAUAAUGAACAUGCUCACUUCAAUACAUACUGCAAGACCCAAAUUUUGUUGGACUAUAUCAAACAGAACUGUCACUAUGAGACUGAAGCUGAUAUUGAUCUAGCAAACAAGAAUGGAGAGGUGCAAAAUCUUCUACAAAACCAGCAUGGCUAUGCCUCUGAUGCCCUGACUGGAAGAGAGGUCUAUGUUCUUGUCAGUGUGAACAGACCUGUCAGUCCCUCCAAGCCAAGAUAUACACCUUUACUGAACAAUGAUAAUAUUGUUAAUUCAAAAUUCUUAGCUAAGCUAGGAGUCCGGCUGGACUCUCGAAGUCAGUCACGAGGGAAACCAAAGAGGCUGCAAAAGAUGUCUGCCUCACCAUCUUCCUCUCUUUCAUUCUUUUCAGAUGGUAAACACAGCACUUCACCCCAAGGGGGAGACAAAAAUACCUUAACACCUCAGUCUGGGGAAGCACUCUAUCUGAACAUGUGAGGUAGUCUACUUAACAGUUAUGUCAUUGCAUUUAAUCAGUUGUUAAUUAAUGCAAUUUGACUUAUUUUCAGUCAUGAAGUGUUUUGAAAUAAUUCUUUUCAAAUUGUUUGUCCAGGCUACUAACUACCAGACCUGGAAACUGGUGAAACAAAUUGUCCUACUCAUAACAAACUUUUUUUUACUGAUUUAACUAGCACUGGGUAUUUUACAAUUGUCACACCGACUGGAAUGUUCUGUUAUAUGUUUGCCUCUCUCCAGAUUCUAGAAUGCUUGGAUUA